UCCUCUCUUUUCUAACACCAACACAUAUACAUACAUACAUACAUUACAAGAUCCACACAGACAGAGAGAGUGAAAGGACACGGGACGAGAGGGAGGAGGAGGAGAGGAACCAGAGGCACUCGGGACACUCAUUUCUGACAAGGCGUCAACGCUAGGUAGUUGAGCACAUUAAGAGAUGGCUGAAGGUGAGGAUAUUCAACCUCUUGUUUGCGACAAUGGAACUGGAAUGGUCAAGGCUGGAUUUGCUGGAGAUGAUGCUCCAAGGGCUGUCUUCCCUAGCAUAGUGGGGCGUCCUCGUCACACCGGUGUUAUGGUUGGCAUGGGUCAAAAAGAUGCUUAUGUGGGCGAUGAAGCUCAGUCCAAGAGAGGUAUUCUGACUCUGAAGUAUCCAAUUGAGCAUGGCAUUGUCAGCAAUUGGGAUGAUAUGGAAAAGAUUUGGCACCACACAUUCUACAAUGAACUUCGUGUGGCUCCAGAGGAGCACCCGAUUCUCUUGACAGAAGCUCCUCUCAAUCCCAAGGCCAAUCGUGAAAAGAUGACCCAGAUCAUGUUUGAAACCUUUAAUGCCCCUGCAAUGUAUGUUGCCAUUCAGGCUGUUCUCUCGCUCUAUGCCAGUGGUCGUACAACUGGUAUUGUUCUUGACUCUGGGGAUGGUGUCAGCCAUACGGUCCCCAUCUAUGAAGGUUAUGCACUUCCCCAUGCAAUCCUACGUCUUGAUCUGGCUGGACGUGAUCUCACUGACUACCUCAUGAAGAUAUUGACGGAGCGUGGCUAUUCAUUUACCACUACUGCUGAACGAGAAAUUGUGAGGGACAUUAAAGAGAAGUUGUCUUACAUUGCUCUUGAUUAUGAACAAGAGCUAGAGACAUCUAAGACCAGCUCUUCUGUGGAAAAGAACUAUGAACUGCCUGAUGGACAGGUAAUCACUAUUGGUGCUGAACGUUUCCGCUGCCCUGAGGUUCUCUUCCAGCCAUCAUUUAUAGGGAUGGAAGCUGCUGGGAUUCAUGAAACCACCUAUAAUUCUAUCAUGAAGUGCGACGUUGAUAUCAGGAAGGAUCUGUAUGGCAACAUUGUCCUUAGUGGUGGCACAACCAUGUUCCCAGGUAUUGCUGACAGGAUGAGCAAGGAGAUUACAGCUCUAGCACCAAGUAGCAUGAAGAUUAAGGUUGUGGCUCCUCCUGAGAGGAAGUACAGUGUUUGGAUUGGAGGUUCCAUUUUGGCCUCUCUGAGCACUUUCCAGCAGAUGUGGAUCGCCAAGGCUGAGUAUGAUGAAUCCGGGCCAUCAAUUGUCCACAGGAAAUGCUUCUAAAAUGAAUGCUCCGGAGCUAAAAAGAUUGAUGAGGUGGUUUGUGCUAAUCACUGCUUCCUACAUGAUUUCCUUUUUUCUUUUUUGGACAUGAAAACAAUAUUCUUAUAAGUAUUAUGGCGUAGAGAGUCCCCCGUAUGCUUUAUAUUUAUAUAUAUAUAUUUAAGUUCUUUUUCGUGGUAUUGUGAUUUGAGUCUUGAUGAAGGAUCCAUACAUAUGUGUCUUGUAUUUGACAAUCAAUGCGUGUCGGAUUCUUGUGUUCUUAUGUAGUUGCUUCAUUUUUAUUCAGUGCAAGCUUUUUAUCCUUGGAAA